GUUCUUAAAUCAGUUCCACCUCCACUAACCGUUUCCCCAUACACAGACACAUUAAAUAAAAAUCAGCAAAUAUCAUAUCGAUACGGCAACGCAUACCAUUCAAUAGGUAUCUCUAUUGAAAACGAUUACUAUGACCCACAGGUUCAACACUUAAGAAAUGAAUUACGAGCUGAAAUUCAUGCAAUUGCAAACGACAUUGGAAAAUUGAAAUUAUAUUUAAGUCAAUAUUAUUUGCAAGGUGUCAUACCACAAAAUGAAUAA